UCAUCCCAGAGUCUGCAAAACAGAUUGAAGACUUUUAAUGUCUCCAAAAACGAAUUCUUACUCAGUAUCCUGCUGUUACAAUCUGGGAUAACCACACCGAGUCCUUUACUUGACAUUCCUGUCCUCAAAGAAACACUUCCGAGAAAUGAAAUGAAUGUAUACCGUCUUACACACAAAAAGCUCUCUGACAGCUGUAUUAACAGCUUGAUAUUAUCCGCAGUGCUUUCUUUAUGCUAAACAAGAAACUGAUAUUCCUAAAAACCCCACAGAUGUGUUGCUUAGAGGUUUUCAAAGGUUUUUACAUUAUAAUUUCUGUGUAUUUGCACAAAUCCUCUUUCAUUAUGUGUGUGACUUGAAAUAACAGCAUUGUUAGACAAGUAGAAAAAUGAUAAACAUUUAAAAGGUUUGCGCUGCUGAUAUUGAAGAAUGUUUAACGCUGAAAUGUGGUGUAUCAAAUUUAAAAAGGGAAUUUACAUCAUUGUAAUUGUGUACUGUACUGUACCAUGCCAUGGGACUGACUUUGUCAACUCUAAAUGUAUCGCUACUCUUUUUAAAUUAAAUAAUGCUCUAUGCAAAAGGAUGCAAAGCCCAGUGUGGGAUCCUGUUUUUAUAUUUCAGUUUGUUCAGCAUUUGUCCUGAAUGGUUUUGCCACCAGAGGUAAGUGGUGAAGGGUUUUGAGUUUAUUUUGUUGUUGACCUCUUCCUGGAUUAAGAGGUCAACAACAACACACUGUGACAGACAAGGAUGGGCAACCACAUCAUCCCCAGAAAGCUAACUUUCCCUUUAGGCCCCACAAAAAACCCCAAAACAAAAUGCACACAAAACAAAUGUAUGUUAGAAAUGGGUUUAUGUAAAUCUAAGCCAACCUAAAGCUGGACAUCAUGGCAUACCUGCACAGAGAAGCAGGAGAACUGAGGUAGGCUAGAGUGAGAGAGUGGAUAGCACCAGGUGUUCGAGUGUUUUACGAUGCCCAACACCACUGGAGGAGAGCAGCGACAGACCAGUAGGAAUGUAAUCGAGUAUUCAUGAAGUACUUUAAGUAUUUUCUUUUUUUUUUUUAAUCUUAUGCUACUUCAAACUUUUACGCUAUGUUUUGCUCUUUGUUCCAUUUAUUUUGAAGUUUUUAUUUAUUUUUUAUUCUUUUUAGAUUAAUUGCAUUGUUAUAACUCAAACUACCCAACAAUAUAUAACUAAUUAAAAUUAUUAAAGACCACAGGGCUACACAUGAGCCUGAAAAUGAUGCCUAUUGUUUUCUGUGUUGAUUUUAUUUCCGAUUACGUAUUCUCAUUCUUGCUCACCCUGUUCCAUCCCAUUUCAGAAAUCCUGGAAAUACUCCUUCCCUGCUACAUUUAUAAUUUAAUGUUUGCACAUCCUGAUGUCCAGCAGCCUGUUUGGAGAGUCACGUGACAAUCCUCAUAGAGGAAUGAAUAUAUAUAUGCAGCAGAAUUUGGAUAAUGGAGACCACUGUAAGGUCCUUCUUUAGUUUCCAAGUAAGCAUUUUGACCUCCACCAGGUUAGUCUUCUGGAGCCUUUAGUGACCAUAUUUGUAUGAGCCUCAUUAACAAGCUGCCACACAUGAACUGUUUGGAUGUAUCUGCUACUUACUUAUUGUUAUGCGACAAACUAAUUAAAUAUUAGAAUUCCACUCCCCAAACUUAGAUCAGAAUCAGCAUACUUUAUUAAUCCCAAAGGAAGGAUGAGCUGUAUCACACAGCAAGCGAUAUGUUUUUUUUAAUCAGAUAACUGUGUUAAAAUGUUCCAAAAGCCACCAUGAGCAUAAACAAGGUGGAGCCCCAGGGGACAGAGGUGGCGCCUAACAGACCUCAAUCUUCUACAUGUCUCUGUGUGAUAAAUAGCAACCCGGUAACUGAAACAUUGCUGACCCUAAAAAAACAUAGCUGUGGCUUUUUGAAGGGUGAGGCAGCUCUCACUUGCUCUGGCAAAACAAGUUCCUGUAAUUAAAUCACUGGGGGAGUUACCUAAUGCACAGAUGAGAUAUGCAUCUCAGGGGCGGGAACAUGGAUGCUAAACCUAUCAUGGGAGUCCCUACAAGGAAGCUCUAGCAGUUUUCACAUAAGUAACACAGAGAAAAACCACUGACACCAGACGGAGAUGGCACUUUUUGUAGAUUUUAACUUCUCCAGUUCCACCACUGUGCUGGCUGCUGCUGUUCUCUUGCUUGUUCUUUAUCUCCUAUCUGUCAGUUACAUUUCUAAGGAAAGAGGGAAGGAACCCCCAGGACCGAGACCUCUGCCUCUGCUAGGCAACCUGUUGCAAAUUGACCUCAAGAGACCCUACAAAACUCUGCAUGAGCUUUCAAAGACAUAUGGGUCAGUAUUUACAGUUUAUUUAGGAACCAACAAGGUUGUGGUCUUGGCUGGGUACGAAGCAGUCAGAGAGGCACUGGUUAACUAUGCAGUGGAGUUUGGAGAGCGCAACGUCUCCCCGAUAUUUAAGGACCUGAACAGAGGUCAUGGAAUUUUGUUUGCAAAUGGAGAAUCGUGGAAAGAGCUGAGACGUUUUGCCCUCACCACCCUCAAAGACUUUGGGAUGGGCAAAAGACUUACUCAGGGUAAAAUCCUGGAGGAGUGUGGUUAUCUGAUUCAAGUGAUUGAAGAUCAUAAAGGAAAUGCUUUUGAUACAGCUCUUCCAAUAAAUUAUGCAACAGCCAACAUUAUCUCCUCUAUUGUGUACGGAAGCAGAUUUGACUACGGUGACCCUGUAUUCAAAAACAUGGUGAAGCGAGCCAAUCGAACCAUAUGUGUCUCAGGUUCUGCAUCAGUCCAGCUUUAUAACAUGUUUCCUCGGCUGUUCGGUUGGAUAAAAAAUCGCCAGGUGGUGUUAAAAAAUGUUGAGAUGAAUGUCAGAGAUAUAAAGAAUUUAAUUAAUCAUCUGAAAGAGACUCUGGAGCCUGGACUGUGCCGAGGGCUUGUGGACUGUUUUCUGAUUCGGAAACAGAAAGAAGAAGACUCCCGUGUUUUGGAUACUCACUAUAAUGAGGAGAACUUGACAUUCACAGUGAGCAACCUGUUUGCUGCUGGCACUGACACCACAGCAGCCACACUGAGAUGGGGUUUGCUGUUAAUGGCUAAAUACCCACACAUACAGGAGCAGGUCCACGAGGAGCUGAGCCGGGUAGUAGGAAGCCGACAAGUUUGUGUAGAUGACCGGAAAAACCUGCCGUACACUGAUGCAGUCAUUCACGAGACUCAGAGACUGGCGAAUAUUGUCCCCAUGUCUGUUCCUCACCAAACUAGCCAAGAUGUCACUUUCAAGGGAUACUUUAUCAAAAAGGGAACUAUUGUGUUUCCCCUUCUCACCUCUGUCCUGUAUGAUGAGAGUGAAUGGGAGAGCCCACACACUUUUAACCCUUCACAUUUUCUGGACAAAAAGGGUCAAUUUGUCAGGAGCGAUGCCUUCAUGCCCUUUUCUGCAGGUCGCAGGAUGUGUCUCGGAGAAGGUCUGGCUAAGAUGGAGCUCUUCCUCUUCUUCACCUCCCUCAUUCAGCGCUUUCGUUUCACUCCUCCGCCUGGAAUCACAGAGGAUGAACUGGAUCUCACACCAGCUGUGGGAUUCACCACCCCUCCUUCAUCUCAUAUGCUGUGUGCUGUCAGUCGCCAGUGAUUCUUCCAGCUUUCAAAGGAAUAUGGCUCUGUAUUUACUCUUUACUUUGGAACCAACAAAGUCGUGGUCCUGGCUGGAUAUGAGACAGUCAGAGAGGCACUGGUCAACUAUGCAGAGGAGUUUGGAGAGCGCAACAUCUCCCCGAUACUUAAUGAUAUAAACCGAGGUCAUGGGAUUCUGUUUGCAAAUGGAGAAUCAUGGAAAGAGCUGAGAUAUUUUGCUCUCACCACCCUCAAAGACUUUGAGUUCGGCAAAAGACUUUCUCAUAAAAUCUUGGCAGAGUGUCGCUAUCUCAUUCAAGUGAUCGAAGAGCAUAAAGGAGAACCAUUUGAUACAGCACUUCCAAUAAAUUAUGCAACAGCCAAUAUUAUCUUCUCCGUUGUGUACGGAUGUAGAUUUGACUACAAUGACCCGAUAUUCACAAAAAUGGUGAAGCGAGCCAAUCAUGCCACAUGUGUCACAGGUUCUGCAUCAGUACAGCUUUAUAACAUGUUUCCCCGGCUGUUCAGAUGGAUUAAAAACCAUCAGGUGGUGUUAAAAAAUGUUGAGACGACCAUCAGAGAUGUAAAGUACUUAAUUACGUAACUGAAAGAGACACUGGACCCUGACAUGUGCCAAGGGUUUGUGGACUGUUUUUUGAUUUGGAAGCAGAAAGAGAAAAGACCUCUUCCUGUUAAAAGGGAGUUCUUUCUCCCCACUACCACCAAUAACUUGUUCAUAGUGGAUGAGCAGGUCCAUGAGGAGCUGAGACAUGUAGUGGGAAGCCGAAAAGUCAGUGCUGAUGAUAGGAAAAACCUGCCGUACACUGAUGCAGUCAUUCACGAGAUCCAGAGACUGGCUAAUAUUCUACCUGUAUGUCUUCCUCACCAAACUAGCCGAGAUGUCACCUUCCAGGGAUACUUUAUCAAAAAGGGAACUAUUGUAUUUCCCCUUCUUACUUCUGUCCUGUAUGAUGAGAGUGAAUGGGAGAGCCCACACACUUUUAACCCUUCUCAUUUUCUGGACAAAAAGUGUCAAUUUGUCAGGAGCGAUGCCUUCAUGCCCUUUUCUGCAGGUCGCAGGAUGUGUCUCGGAGAAGGUCUGGCUAAGAUGGAGCUCUUCCUCUUCUUCACCUCCCUCAUUCAGCGCUUUCAUUUCACUCCUCCACCUGGAAUCACAGAGGAUGAACUGGAUCUCACACCAGCUGUGGGAUUCACCACCCCUCCUUCAUCCCAUAUGCUGUGUGCUGUCAGUCGCCAGUGAGAGAGGGCUUAAGCAGGGCUUCU